GGCCCCCCAAACGCGCGCGAGCAUGUAACAAGCAUUGUUCAUGAACUGUUACUUUGUCGCGUCGCUCGCUCGGUGUUACAAAAUAACAUGAAGGUUAGAACUGCAACAUUAUUCUCUGGAAACAAUUUAUACACAGAUGCACACAAGUGUUCCAGAGUUAUAGAUUUUAAAGGGCGCACGUGAAACUAAAACUCAAAUAUUACACCGUUUACAUAACACUGAGUGAACGAUCUUAAUCACGAUUCACACUGAGAUAAUAACGCGACUGUCGAUAAAAAGUGUUUAGUCUGUCUGUGCUGCAGCAGGAAGAGAAGAGGCGGGGAGUGACGGGUCUGACCGAGAGAGAGAGAGAGAGAGAGAGAGAGAGAGAGAGAGAGACACUCUCAUCGGGACUCAGCUGAUGUGGAGGCUGUUCAUCGCUGUUAUUGAGCUCGAACGCGUCUGAGGAAUCUGUCAUCAUGGUGAUUAAAGUUUACAUCGCGUCAUCCUCCGGAUCUACAUCGAUCAAGAAACAGCAGCAGGAUGUCAAGGGCUUCUUGGCAGCCAAUAAGAUCGAGUUUGAGGAAUGUGACAUCGCAGCUGAUGAAACCAAUAGGAAGUGGAUGCGAGAACACGUCCCUGAGGAUUCCCGGCCUGCCACAGGGAACCCUCUGCCUCCUCAGAUCUUCAACGAGGACAGAUACUGUGGGAACUACGAGGCGUUCUUCUGUGCCCGUGAGGACAAUGCUGUGUAUGCGUUUCUUGGCUUGACGGCGCCUCCAGGCUCAAAGGAAGCAGAAGCACUGUCUAAGAAAACGCAGAUGUAAUCUAGAGAACAGCUGAUGAACUUCUGCACUUUCUAAUGAUUACGUUCUUUUUUUUUCUUUGCAUUCAUGAAAUUAUGUGAUGUGAUGAAUGUUAUGAUUUAUUUGUCCUCUCAAAAUUCCAUCUGAUUGAUUGAACUGUUCAACCUGAAAAGAAAGCAUUUCUUCUGUCGUUCAAAUAGACAUGAGCAAAGUAGUAUUUUACUAUUUAAAUGUGUCAUCAAGGUUUGACGGUUCAUCUUUUUUUUCUAAUGUUUAAGCAUGCAGAUUUUGUUAUGUUUAUGCUUGAAUCUUCUUGAUUAUGUAUGCGGUUCAAGUUACAUUUAAUAUGUGCGCAUAUAUUUAGGGUUUCUGUGGGUCUGAAUAAUUCAGUCUUCCAAAAAUGAAAGCCUUAAAAGGUCUUUGGAGCAGAAAGUCUUACAUUUAUUAUCAGAACCUUAAAUGUUUCAUGCAAAAAAAGUAUAAUAAAACUUACUGAAUGAUUAAAAAUAAUUGACAAAUAUUA